GGGGUGCUGCUAGGACCCGUGGCGUCCCGCCAGYGCCAGCGCUGAUCCCAAUCUUGUCGCCGCCGUGAUGAGGAGCCGGAGCAACUCGGGCGUGCGUUUGGACGGCUACGGGCGCCUGGUGCAGCAGACCAUCCUUCGCCACCAGGACGCGGUGACGGGRCUGCUCCCCGCCAGCGCCGACCAACAGGACGCCUGGGUCCGGGAUAACGUCUACAGCGUCCUGGCGGUCUGGGGUCUUGGCCUGGCCUACCGCAAGAAUGCCGACCGCGACGAGGACAAGGCCAAGGCCUAUGAGCUGGAGCAGAGCGUGGUGAAGUUGAUGCGGGGGCUGCUUCAGUGCAUGAUGAGACAGGUGGACAAGGUAGAGGCUUUCAAGUACAGUCAGAGCACCAGGGACUGCCUGCAUGCCAAGUAUAACACCCACACCUGUGCCACUGUGGUAGGAGACCAUGAGUGGGGUCACCUACAGAUGGAUGCUACUUCCCUCUACCUCCUCAUGCUGGCACAAAUGACAGCCUCAGGCCUUCACAUAAUUCACAGCUUGGAUGAAGUCAACUUUAUCCAGAACCUCGUGUUCUACAUUGAAGCUGCCUACAAGACUGCGGACUUUGGCAUAUGGGAGCGUGGGGACAAGACGAACCAGGGCAUCACCGAGUUGAAUGCCAGUUCUGUCGGCAUGGCCAAGGCUGCCCUGGAGGCACUGGAUGAGCUAGAUCUCUUUGGAGCCAAGGGAGGCCCACAGUCGGUGAUACGGGUGCUGUCAGAUGAGGUGCAGCACUGCCAGUCCAUCCUCCACUCAAUGCUGCCUAGGGCCUCCACAUCCAAGGAAGUGGAUGCCAGUGUGCUCUCUGUCAUCUCCUACCCCGCAUUUGCUGUGGAGGACAGCGAACUGGUGGAAAUCACCAAGCAGGAGAUUAUCACCAAGCUGCAGGGGCGCUAUGGCUGUUGCCGCUUCCUCCGGGAUGGAUACAGGACUCCCAAAGAGGACCCCGAACGUCUCUACUAUGAGCCUGCUGAGCUGAAGCUAUUUGAGAACAUCGAGUGUGAGUGGCCUCUCUUCUGGGCAUAUUUGAUGAUUGAUGGGAUUUUCAGUGGAAACAUGGAGCAGGUGCAGGAGUACCGGGAAGCCCUUGAGGGCGUUCUCAUCAAGGGGAAGAAUGGGGUACACCUGCUGCCAGAGCUGUACAGUGUCCCACCAGAUAAGGUGGAUGAGGAGUACAAGAACCCACACACUGUGGACAGGAUACCCAUGGGCAAGCUGCCACACAUGUGGGGACAAUCCCUCUACAUCCUGGGUUGUCUGAUGGCUGAGGGGUUUCUAGCUCCUGGUGAAAUAGAUCCCCUCAACCGCCGUUUUGCGACUGUGCCUAAACCUGAUGUGGUGGUCCAAGUGUGUAUCCUGGCCGAAACAGAGGGGAUCAAGGCAAUCCUGCAGAAGGAGGGCAUUGAUGUGGAGACUGUGGCAGACGUCUACCCCAUCAGAGUGCAGCCUGCUCGUAUCCUCAGCCACAUCUAUGCCCGGCUGGGCCGCAACAAGCAGAUGUGCCUUACAGGACGGCCAUAUCGGCAUAUGGGCGUCCUUGGGACCUCCAAGCUCUACAAAAUCAGGAAGAGCAUCUUUACYUUUACCCCACAGUUCAUAGACCAGCAGCAGUUCUAUCUGGCUCUUGACAACAAGAUGAUUGUGGAGAUGCUGAGGACGGACCUCUCAUAUCUCUGCAGCCGCUGGAGGAUGACUGGGCGACCAACUAUCACCUUCCCCAUCUCCCACACCAUGCUUGAUGAAACUAGCAGCAGUGUGCACCCCACAGUGCUGGCGAUGCUGCAGAAGUUGCAGGACGGGUAUUUCGGUGGCGCAAGAAUUCAGACUGGUAAAUUGUCGGAGUUCCUGACAACGUCAUGCCGAACGCACCUCAGUUUUAUGGACCCUGGGCCAGAGGAGGAGACCUACGAUGAGGUUGCUCAGUACCUGGAUCACCUGCUGCAGCACACAASUCCACAGUCAAACCUGCCUCCCACUACCCAGCGGGGAGGCCUGAACCGCUUCAGGGCUGCUGUCCACACCACCCGUGACCUUAUGUCCCUGGCKUCCAAGGCCAAGGACCUGCAUGUCCAGAAUGUUGGGAUGUAUGUCCCCAGCAGGAUCUUCCAGGCAUCCCAGCAGUCGGUCAAGCUGCUGAGUUCACCCCACCAGCAUGACUCGGAUAGCAAGAGCCAUGCACUAUACACAGAGAUGAACUUGCCCCGUGACGAGGAUGGCAACGUGGACUGCAAGGCACUGGUGGACCAGCUGCGCAUCUGCCCCACACUGCAGGAGCAAGCAGACAUCCUUUAUGUGCUCCACAUCCUCAAGGGACCUGAGUGGCACACGGGGCUUGAUGGUGAGCCUGGCCCCACCGUCAAGGAGCUCCUCACUGAGCUGUAUGUGCGGGUGGGGGAGACAUGCCAGUGGGCCCUGAUCCGCUACAUUUCUGGCAUCCUCAAGAAGAAGGUUGAAGCUCUGGAUGAGGCCUGUACUGACCUUCUUUCUCAUCAGAAACACUUGACAGUGGGGCUACCUCCAGAGCCACGUGAGAAGACAAUCUCCACCCCAAUCCCCUAUGAGGAACUUGUUCUCCUUAUUGAUGAAGCCAGUGAGAAAAACCUCAGUGUGUCCAUCCUCACCCAGGAAAUCAUGGUGUACUUGGCCAUGUACAUACGYACACAGCCUGCACUGUUUGCUGAGAUGUUCCGCAUCCGCAUUGGGCUUAUCAUCCAGGUGAUGGCAACAGAGCUGGCACACUCCCUGCGUUGUUCAGCUAGAGAAGCCACGGAGAACCUGAUGAAUCUCAGCCCAUCAGACAUGAAGAGCCUCCUCUAUCACAUCCUCUCUGGCAAAGAGUUUGGGGUGGAAAGGAGUGUGCAUUCAGUGGACUCRUCGCUCACCACUGCUGUCUCCAUCUGUGAUGUGGGAGCUGUUGGGACCAGCAGGCCUGAGCGCAUGGGCCUUGUCAGGCUGAGAAGUGAAAUCAAACAGCAAUUGGAUAAACGUAGGCAGUCUUUGCCUGGGAGUAAGCCSCUCAGUUUGCAGUCUGGGAGCAUCGACCUCAAGUCCUCUCUGGUAACCUGUUUGUUGGCUGCACACAUGGCGUCUGUCUUGUUUGGGACUGGGCUGUGGGAAAGAGCUGUGCUCUGGGGGGUGCUGCAGGGAGCUAGGACUGUAAGGUGGGCCUUGCUGGGGGUGGGGGAUGGCAGCUCUGUCUUGAGAAUGAGGCUGGAGAACCACAAGUUCUUGAACAGCAGCAGGCUGCAUUCCUGUGGGAUAUUUAACUUUGCAGCAGCCUCUGUGGUUCUUGCUUUGUCUGCCCAGUCUGCUAGGCACACAGAGUUGCUGGACAAGGACUCCUUUUCAAGCAUGCUGGAAGACCAGAGCAGUAAGGACAGCCGGCAGGGUCAGUGGCAGCGGAGACGACGGCUGGAUGGGGCCCUUAACCGUGUCCCUGUGGGCUUCUACCAGAAGGUCUGGAAUGUCCUGCARAAGUGCCAUGGCCUCUCUGUGGAGGGCUUUGUUCUUCCCUCCUCAACAACCAGAGAGAUGACCCCAGGGGAACUGAAGUUUGCUGUACAUGUGGAGUCUGUCCUCAACCGCGUGCCCCAGCCAGAGUACAGGCAGCUGCUGGUGGAAGCUAUCUUAGUGCUCACCAUGCUGGUGGAUAUGGAGGUGCACACCAUUGGUGGCAUCAUAGCUGUGGAAAAGAUCUUGCACAUAGCCAAUGACCUCUUCUAUGAGGAGCAGAAAGCUCUGGGCGCUGAUGAGCACAUGCUGGAGAGGGAUGCUUCGACAGGCAUCUGCAGCCUGCUGUAUGACAGUGCACCAAGUGGCCGGUUUGGCACCAUGACCUACCUGUCCAAGUCGGUCGCCUUGUACGUGUAUGACUUUCUGCCCACAGAUGGUUGCUCUAUGCAGUAGCU